CAGGGCUGUCCUCCAUGUUUUAAUAAGCAUUGACAUGUCACACUGAGUUUGUUAACCAUGCAUCCACAGAGUGUGGGUGAAGACACGGGGAAGACUGAUGCAGUAGAGGGAAUGGAGAUCUCAACACGAUCCAGAGACCCGGGGUCGGCAGAGCGUAUGGCCCAGAAACGUAAGAUGCCAAGCCCCUCUCACUCAUCUAAUAGUCACUCGUCUGCUGAAACCUCCCCCAGCCCUAUGAAAAAGAAGAAGAAACCAGGCACAGUUAGUAGUAACAAAGACCAGUCAGAACUAAGACAUGGUCCAUUUUACUAUGUGAAGCAGCCAGCACUCGCCACAGACCCUGUUGAUGUUGUACCGCAAGAUGGCAGGAAUGACUUCUACUGCUGGCUGUGCCACCGCGAGGGCCAGGUGCUCUGCUGUGAGCUCUGCCCAAGGGUGUACCACGCCAAGUGCCUCAAACUGCCAGCUGAGCCCGAGGGCGACUGGUUCUGUCCAGAGUGUGAGAAAAUAACAGUUGCUGAGUGUAUAGAGACUCAGAGCAAAGCCAUGAUGAUGCUUACUAUAGACCAGCUGUCUUAUCUGCUGAAGUUUGCCCUUCAGAAGAUGAAACAACCAGGAACCGAACCCUUCCAGAAACCUGUAUCCCUGGAACAGCAUCCAGAUUAUGCUGAGUAUAUUUUUCACCCUAUGGAUCUUUGCACACUAGAGAAGAAUAUAAAAAAGAAAAUGUAUGGCUGCACUGAGGCCUUCUUGGCAGAUGCAAAAUGGAUUUUACACAACUGUAUAAUAUACAAUGGAGGCAAUCACAAGCUCACAGCUACAGCUAAAGUAAUAGUGAAAAUCUGUGAACAUGAGAUGAAUGAGAUUGAAGUAUGUCCCGAAUGCUAUUUGUCGGCAUGUCAAAAGCGAGACAAUUGGUUCUGUGAGCCUUGUAGUAACCCCCAUCCUCUUGUCUGGGCCAAACUGAAAGGCUUUCCGUUUUGGCCUGCUAAAGCUCUCCGGGACAAAGAUGGACAAGUGGAUGCUCGUUUCUUUGGACAGCAUGAUAGAGCAUGGGUCCCUUUAAACAAUUGCUACCUAAUGUCCAAAGAGAUUCCUUUCUCUGUGAAGAAGACCAAGAGCAUCUUCAACAGUGCCAUGCAGGAGAUGGAGGUCUAUGUGGAGAACAUGAAGAAGAAGUUUGGCGUGUUUAACUAUGCCCCCUUCAGGACACCCUACACCCCCGACAACCAGUUCCAGAUGUUAAUGGACCCGUCCAACCCCUCAUCAACUUCUGUAAAACCUGAGAAACAGGAAAAGAUCAAGCUGAGCUUUGAUAUGACGGCAUCGCCAAAGAUACCUCUGGCCAGGGGCACGGUGUCUGGGCCUGGUGUGGUAGGGGGCACAGCAGGCCGGCGGAUCUCCCUCAGUGACAUGCCUCGCUCCCCCAUGAGCACCAAUUCCUCUGCUCAUACAGGUUCAGAUGGAGAACAGGAGACGGCAGAUAAAUCCCAGACAAGAGCCCCAAACAGCCAAUUAAGUACAGGGGAGGAGUCCAUGGAUUGUACGGCAUCACCUGCCUACACCCGACCUGGACCGGGAGGCAGCUCCUUAGACAGCCCCAAACCUUUCCAUUCUCAAACUCCUGGCCUCUCUUCCAUCCCUAAACAGGAGAAGACACCACCCACAGGAAGCAUUCUUAACCUCAACCUAGAUCGAAGUAAGGCAGAGAUGGACCUGAAGGAGCUUAGUGAGACUGUUCAACAAAAGCAAGGGGCCACACCAAUCCUCACCUCACCCAAGAGGCAGAUCAGAAGCCGUUUCCAGCUUAAUUUAGACAAAACUAUUGAGAGUUGCAAGGCACAGCUAGGUAUAGAUGAGAUUUCUGAAGAUGUGUAUAAAGGUGUGGAGCACAGUGAUUCAGAAGACUCUGAAAAGUCAGACUCCAGUGACAGUGAGUAUGCCAGCGAUGAUGACCAGAAGCCAAAGGGGAGUCAGGACACAACACCAGAUGACAAAGGCCAGAGGGAGCCUUCCAAAACUGAACACAAAGACCAACCUUCUUCUGGCCAUGAUAAAGAGGCCAAACCUGACAGUCCCAUGGAAUCAAAACCUGCUGCGGCUGAUGCAGGUGCAACAGCAUCAGAGGCCCCGCCUGAAUUGACACCGAGCACAGAUUCACAUAAAGAGAACCCAGAAAAGACCAAUGCAGCUCUGCCAUCACCUGCCCCAAGAGAGAAGCCUCAGGUAAAAGAGGAAGCCAGACAACCUGCGCCGGUGGAGGACUCUGAUUCGGAGAGAGAGUUGGUUAUUGACCUUGGAGAGGAACAAGGAGGCAGGGAGAGGAAGAGGAGCAGAAGAGACAAUUCCAGUGUAAAGGAGCCUCCUGCUAAUAAGACAGAUGGUAAAAGUCCCACCCCAUCUGUUUCCCUAUCUCAAAACAACACAGCGCCUCCCUCAACCGCCAGCGUCUCAUCCCAGUCCCCCGUGGCCAUUCCUGUAACUAUGGUCUCGUUCACUGCUGCCUCCCCUGCAGGCAUAAGCCCUGCCACAUUGUCCAGUGCCACCCCUGCAUCAACCUCAGCUUCCUCCUCCACCUCCACCUCCACAACACCAGCUUUAAAGAAACAACGCCCUCUGCUGCCAAGAGAGACUGUGCCCGUGGUUCAGAGAGCCGUGGUGUGGAACCCCACGGCCAAGUUUCAGACCUCCUCUCAGAAGUGGCACAUGCAAAAGGUGCAGCGGCAACAACAGAACCAGCAAUCUGUGGCAACCACACAACUGCAGGCCCCAGCUGCAGGCAAAGGCCAAGCGCAAACGCUCAGCCAGACACAGGCUACUGGAACCAUCUCAACACCAGUAUCCUCAUCGCUGGCUCAGCAACCCUCACAAAGCACACGCUAUCAGACCAGACAGGCUGUCAAAGCCGUUCAACAAAAAGACACUCCACUCAGCAUGUCCACAUCAGCCAUUACCUUGGUAACCAGUAGUCCAGCUUCUGUGGCAGUGAUGUCAGCAUCAAGUUUAAGCACAGCUUCUUCCUCCUCCCCAGUGGCAGGAGACUUGCAAAUCCCCACUGGCUCUGCAGACGUGGCUGCAGAUAUUGCUAAAUACACUAAUAAGAUAAUGGAUGCAAUCAAAGGAACGAUGACUGAAAUCUAUAAUGACCUUUCCAAAAGUACUUCGGGGAAUACAAUAGCAGAGAUAAGACGACUGAGAAUUGAAAUAGAAAAAUUACAGUGGUUGCAUCAACAGGAGUUGUCAGAGAUGAAGCACAAUCUUGAGUUGACGAUGGCGGAGAUGAGGCAGAGUCUUGAGCAGGAGAGAGAGCGUUUGGUGGCUGAAGUGAAGAAGCAGAUGGAGCUGGAGAAGCAGCAGGCAGUAGAUGAGACAAAGAAGAAGCAGUGGUGUGCCAACUGUAGAAAAGAGGCCAUCUUCUAUUGCUGUUGGAACACCAGCUACUGUGACUAUCCCUGCCAGCAAGCCCACUGGCCGGAACACAUGAAGUCCUGCACCCAGUCAGCAACAGCCCCGCAACAAGAACCUGAGAUGGAGUCCACAACAGACCUUCCAAACAAAGGUUUAGGACAGUCUAGCGGCAUCCCAGUCCCUCUAAGAGACAAUACAGUCUCUGUAACAUCAGACAAAGACUGUGACAUGGAGAAGAGCACUGACAGUGUUGCCGUCAGUUUGUCAUAAUCCAUCUUGCCAUUCUUGGGAGAAUUUGAGUUCUGAGUUGGGUUUUUUUGUUUUUUUUUUCCUGUGCAAGGACAUGUCUAACUUUUCAAACUGUUGCUUUUUUCAUCUCUUGGGUCCACACACUAAUCACAGAGCACUGCUGAUUUCCCCAGUAUGAAAUCACAGUGCAAAGGGACACAAUUAGAUGCUCAAAGAUUUCCUAAAUGUAUCCCUGUUAUUGGACCACCAGGCUUUUAGAUUAGAGGACUGUUGAAAGAAAUUGUUUUUGUACUGUAUGUUAAUUUAUUAAAGAUACCAUCAUGUUGCCUGCUAUGUAGUGCAGAAAAAACUACAUUAAGUGGUUUCGCAUCGGCUGAUUCUAUUUGAUAGUUUAACUGUUCAGUGAAAAGCAGAAGAGGUUUUGAGAAAAUAUGAAAUUUCGUUAAAAUUAUUUUUUAUCUUUUUAAUAUCCUUUUUUCAUUAUAAGGUAGCCAUUUUCCAGUUGUUGUACAUUCAAAACUGUCCUCAACAAUUUAUCCAAUUCUGCACGUCUUACUGCUAAAUAAAUCACAGAUUGUAUUGUGAAUUACACUUAGGCCUAUUUAUCGCAAAAGGACAGGGAAAUCUGAAAUGGAGUUGAAGAGCAUUAAGUAGGCCCAUAAUGCCCAUGAGAAUAACUUUACACUUCUGUUGUAUCGUUCACAUGGGCAGAUUAUUUUUCAGUUAUUGCUGCUGCAAGUUGCUGAAAACUUCUUAUUCCUACGUUUCGUAUGACACUGAAAAUAGCCUAAAAAUUUGUUUUAUAUUUGUUUCUUUGGGAAUUCAUCUCAUUUGUUGCUAUAAAACUCGUUUGUCCGCUGGACACCCUCACUGCUGUUUACAUGAUAUAUCUACAGCAUUGUAAAACUGUGACAGAUACUCCUAGCCUGUAAUUGCCCCCCCUCCCUUUCAGGGAUGGUCGUUCCCUCUUCACAUACGGGAGGAUUACAAGCUAGCAGUAUCUGUCGCCAUUUUGCAAUGAUGUGAUUGCAACUAUCCCCCACUCCUCUGUGAAUUGUACACAUGGCCAGUGUAACUCUUGUUAAUGGUCACGGUAAUUUGCAUAUGAAACCGAUCGUUGAUUUCGGUCGUUAUGCUUAUUGUCUAUAAGGGUGGGGAUACCUGCAGUCAGUUGAGACUGAAGAGGUCACUUAGAUGAGUGAUGAAGCGUUUCUCUUAAUAAACGUUGUG